AUGGCGAUCCAAGUCCCUAUCGGCGACCUCGAUAUACAAAUCAAUGCCGAGCGUCUAACUCAAGAAGCAUUCUCACCCUUCGGAGACGUCAUCUCCAAUCCACGACCCGACGUCCACCCCUCGUCAUUCGACGCUCACGCCUCAUCAUUGCCACCCAACGCCUUUUCCGCCAACCAAGGCUCUGCAAUCCAGUAUCGAAAUGUCAGCCGCCUUAAGAAUCUCUACGACCAAGCCCCCAGCGGCAAGGGAGAACCAAUUAUGAGCAUCUUCGUCUGUGCUGCAAGAGGUGGCGCUGAAACCAAUGGAGAAAACACAUUUACCGUGCGACAUCUCGAACGACACCCAUUCACCGCGCAAACAUUCACACCUAUCAAAUCUACUACAUCAACAUAUCUAGUCAUUAUCGCUCCGAGUCUCCCUCCCGGUCCUCAAGAUCAAGAUUUACCUGUGCCGGCUGGCGAUGGGCUACCCGGGAGGGGAUUUCCGGAUCUCGGGCGUCUCCGUGCUUUCAUCGCUAUGGAGAGCCAGGCUGUCACUUAUGGUCCAGGGACUUGGCAUUCUCCUAUGGUAGUAUUAGGGCAGACAGGAACCCAGAUGGAUUUUGUGGUGUCGCAAUUUGCCAGUGGUGUUGCUGUCGAAGAUUGCCAACUCUUGGAAUUUUCCUACUAUCGAAUUACCAUGGGGAGCGCAAUGUAUUCUACCGACGCCAAAAACAAGCUCGAGGACUUAUCGGGCAUCGUCUUGAAGCCGGGGGAAAAUCCCUACGAGGCCUUCAUCCAAGCUUGCAAUAACAAGCCUGAAGAAAUCCAAGCCCUAUAUCACGCUCACCGCACCAAACGCAAUGGUCUACAGAAGGAAAAGUUCCUUGCCCCGGAUUACAAGGAGCUCGUGAUUGACCAGUGCCUUCUUCGCCUUGAGAAUCCCGAAAUCGAGCCCGGUUUCCGCGAUGAGCGAAACUGCCUCGUGAUUUGGGCACGCCCUCCAGUUCACAUUGUUGAGCUGGCUGCAAAGAUCCAAGCACGCCUUCAAAAAGUCUCGCCGAAAAUCUGGCUCAUGCCCACCUACAGGAUGCAUAUGACGACCCUUGAAAUCACCUUCUCCAAGACUCCCCAGGAGAUUGACUCUCUUGUAUCCAUCAUACGCCCUGCUGCGCCCUCCAUCGCUUCAUACACCCACACUCACCGCUCUCGUCUCGUGAAGCCCAUGAUCUCAUAUGAUCUCUCCGCUUUUGCCCUUUCUUUUCUUCCUGCUUCUGGCGAAGUUCCUCUCUCCCCUGCCCCAGUUGCUCCUGACACUCCCGCCAAUGGACCCGUCACUCAGGGAGAUGAUUAUACAUACCAUCACCUCCGACGAGACAUAUUUGAUAAGGUCAAGGAGGCGGGAGUUGAAAUUGGCUCGCGAUAUCAGGUCCCCAGUGCUCACAUCACACUGGGACGGUAUUUGACAGAUGACGAGCAUGACACUCUUGAAAAGAGAGAGAAGUGGGUCAAAGCCAUUGAUGACAUCAAUGCUUGGCUGGAGAAGGAGGUGUGGGAUCAACAGGAUGCUCAGUUCAUUGGUGAAUGGGUUGUUGGGCAGGAGAGAGGAUUGGAUGUUCGAAAUGGCGCUCUGUGGUAUGGUGGUGGCCGAACCAUUGUGCUCGGCGAGGGUUUUUAG